AUGCUGCAACAUUCUGACGUAGAUAGAAAAGUUCAAAAAAUCCUUUUUGGUCCUCAAUUAGGUGCUCUUUUAUAUUCUGCAUUAGAUUUUAAUAUACCAAAAUUACUUUCACUAGGCCCAAAAACAGCUGAAGAUCUUUCCCAGGAAACUCAAGUGAUCAGCGAUAAGCUUGAACGUGUUUUACUUGCACUAGAAUCUGCAGGGAUUUUUGAAUAUGAUGAGCAAUCAAGAAGAUUCUCUAAUAAUGUGAUUUCAGAGAGAUUUAUUGAUGAUACUUAUGCAGACUUUGUCAGAUUAAGCUUAGCACCUUGGCAAUAUGACUUUUUAAGUGUUGUUUCUCAAUGCUUAAUGUCGGACCAAACCGCUCCUGAAGUGUAUUAUAAUGCAACUUUUACAGAUUUUUUAAGCCAAAAGCCACAAUAUUUAAAGCAAUUUGUGAGUGGAAUUUCUAGUAAAGUUUUACAGGUAUCAGAGGAAGUAGGCCAAGCUAUUGAUUUAAGAAAUGCCAGGAAGGUUUUGGAAAUAGGGGCUCAUGGAGGUGCUUUGAUUAUUUCUUUAGCAGAGACAUAUAGGAAUUUCCAAGGGACUAUUUAUGACCAAACCUUGUAUCGGCAAAUUACUGAGCUCUUCCUUUCCGUGAGCGAGCAGAACUAUUGGAAAUAGCACUGAGUUCGCAAAAAAUUUUAAUCUGAAAAAUAUUUUGAUAUAUCUUAGAUAAUUAUUAUAUGCAAAUUUUUACGGACUUUAAAUUAAAAAAAAAACUAUCCUAUUAAUAGCAUUUUCUCAAAAAAAAUAAAAAAUCUCCUCUUUGAUCGAUUUGAUCGAGCGAAUUUUUUUUGUUCGCUUUCUUUACAAGAGGAGUGAGAAAAAAAAUUCAUGAAAAGAAAUUAACGAAUAGAAUUAAAGUAACUGCAGGAAAUUAUAUUGAUUAUGUGCCAGAAGGGUAUGAUGCUAUUGUCAUGAAAUGCAUAUCUGGAGAAUAUAAUGAUCAUUCCUUAGACUCAAUUUUAAGAAAUUGUAGACGGGCUUUAGAAAAAGGGAACAAAUUAUAUUUUGUAGACCUCAUGAUGGAUAGAGCUCAUCAGCAGUAUAAGUUUGAAAGGUACCUUGACAUAUGGUGGUGGGCUAUAACUGAUGGUAAAGUUAGAUCAAGAGAAGAAUUAGCACCAUUUUUCGAAAAAAAUGGACUUAGAGUUAUAAAUAUUAGACCUGCUAAAACUGACUGGGUAGUCGAAGCAGUUGCUGUUUAA